UUCCCAGCGCUCCUGUUGCUGCGCUUUUGAGGGGAGGCAGAUAGAGGGGAUAGAGGACAACCACCGCUGUUCAAAUGGAUAAAAUGGGCUUCGUGAAUGCGUUCAUUUUCACGCUACAAUAAUAAGCGGGGCUUUGGCACAGCUCUAUAUGGGCGACUCGAUUACUAACGAGAGAUUCGGCUGCUUUUAUUCAGAACUCGAAGCAAUUUGGGCUCCCAGCCCCCGUGAAGAAGGCUGCUCCUCCUGACAGGUGCGCACGGUGCGCAUUGAGGAUGGGCAGACGUGAGGCAGACAGCAGAGGCGCAAUGAACAAGAGCGACCGCUCCGAGCUCGGUUGUCUGCAGGACGCGGAAUCCAGUAGCCACCGUGGCGGCGCGCAGUCCCCGAGGACGGACAGCCGUCAUCCGUGCGGCAACGACAAGCAGCGGGGGCACGAACACAUGGAGGCGAUGGGCCGGGCGCCAAUGGAGGUGAAGAAGCACCAGCACAAGCACAACUUGAAACACCGCUACGAGGUGAUGGAGACUCUGGGGAAAGGGACGUAUGGCAAAGUGAAGAAAGCGGUGGAAAGAGUGAGCCUGAAGACGGUGGCGAUCAAGUCAAUCCGGAAGGAGCGCAUCACGGAUGACCUGGACAGAAUUCAUAUCCAGAGAGAGAUCGAGAUCACCUCCUCGCUCAGACACUCCAACAUCAUUCGCUUCCAUGAAGUGUUUGAGAGCCGUGAUAAGAUUGUGAUAGUGAUGGAGUACGCCAGCAGAGGGGAGCUGUACGAUUACAUCCAGGAGAGGAGGCGACUGCCAGAAACAGAAGCCAGAAGCAUCUUCAGACAAAUCACAUCUGCUGUCCACUACUGCCACAAGACUGGCGUUGUCCAUCGAGACCUCAAGCUGGAGAACAUCCUCUUAGAUCAAGAUUUGAAUGUGAAGCUGGCCGACUUUGGCCUGUCAAAUAAUUUCAAGCGGGGCACUCUGCUGCAGACCUACUGUGGAAGUCCACUCUACGCUGCACCAGAGAUAGUGAAAGGGUUGCCAUACCAGGGGCCAGAGGUGGACUGCUGGGCACUGGGGGUGUUGCUGUAUGCCCUGGUGUACAGCAGCAUGCCAUUUGAUGGGGCCAGUCACACCAAGCUCACAGAGCAGAUCAGCCAAGGUCGCUAUCGCAGACCCAACCCUCCCUCAGACGCCUGUGCUCUUAUUGACUGGCUGUUGACAGUCCGUGCGGACGAGAGGGCCACGAUAGAGGACGUGGCCAACCAUUGGUGGGUAAACUGGGGUUAUGAAGAGAGUGUGUGCGACUGCCCGUCAUCUCCACACCCAGAAUGCCCCUCGCCACUUCUGGCUCGCUACAUCGACUGGCAGAAUCGGGUCGCUGCAGCUAGCAGCAUGACUGUUGACCCAAGCUGCCCGUCCUCAGACUCCUGUCCUCCUCCUCAACUCGCUCCAAACUCCUUUUACUUCACUUUACCCCUGAAGAGCGAAUGUGGAGGAGGAGGAAGGCUACGUGCAGGAAUCUCAAGUCUCAAGAAGUCGCGCAAGGAAAAUAUAAUUCCCCAGACUGCGGGAGCAUGUGGCGGCGUUAGUGCGACAGCUGUGUCCUCCACUGCAAGUUCUUCAACUUCCUCCGUCGAAAGAAAGAAACCCAAAGGCAUUCUAAAACACCAGAGAAGUUUAGAUUCAGUCUUUCACAGCCCUCCUAAGGAAAACUCUCCCUCCCAGACACAUACACCCACUCACGUGCACGUUGAUGUCUUGUCCACCUGCCUUCCACAUCCAUCUACAUUCAGUCAGCCCUCAUCAAAAAUGCCCAAGAAGGGGAUACUAAAGAACCUGUAUGGUGGGGAGUCGGAUUAUGGCUCACCCUCAGAAAGAAGGGGAGGUAAAGAAAGUGAGGAAGCUGAAUCAAUCUCCCACAAAGCGCACACUUGUCUCCCAGCAGCAGAAGAUAGUCCCACCAUGCGCACGGAGGCGGUGAGGAGACGGAAAGGUAUUCUGAAACGCAACGGCAAGUUCUCUCGUAGCCUGGACCUUCCCGACAGCCACCGCUCGUCUCCUUAUUCGAGCCCAGCGGUAUUCCCAGAGGGCCUCCAGCAGCUCCUCUGCGCCACGGGGGACCUCGAGGGCCGCCACAGCCGUCCCUCGAGUGUGGUGAGCGAGGACAGCCUCUUGUCCUCAGAUUCCUUUGAUCUGCUCGACCUCAGCUCCCAGUCACGUCGCAAGAUUUUCUCCCGCAGGAUGCAGCACAGCGGUUGCAGCUCUGAGGAGGACCUGGAGCAGCUGAGAGCUGAGGCGGACCUUGGGGUCGGCGGGGACAGAAACGGACAGAAGGAAAUGUUAACAUAAGUCAAGUGAAGGGUUAAUGAACUGUGGAAAGGCUGCAUCUCAAGUGCACAGACUCUCCGGAGCGUUGCAAUGUCAGUGCCAACAGAAGGCACAAUUUCUUGGCAUAUUUAGCUGUACUGAAAGACAAAUUAAUUCGUCACCUUGGAUGCAAGCCCAUACCGGAGCGACAAGCAGCACCUAAAUCAGACUCAGUAUCUUCCACUUUGCGGAGAUGAGGCUUGAAUGUUGCACACUAUUCUGUUUAAAUGAUGCGCUCACUCUGAAGUUGCACAACAGACUCUGGUUUUUGUUCUAAUGAGCCUUGGACAUUUGUGUCAAAAUCAAGCGUGUUUAUUAUCCACCUGCUCUUUUGAACAUUUUGCAGACAAGGAAUCUGAGCGGCAAUGCCAGAAGUUCUGAAAAAAUAGCCUAAAUGUUUACUUUCAAUGAGGGUUGAAAAGUUGCAAAGAAACGGCAACGUAUAACCGAAAUCAGCACGUUAAAUGAAUCCUAAUGUAUUGCACAUGGACCAUGAGAACAAACUGUACAUGUGAUGAAAAGAUUAUUUUUUUCUCACAUUUUUUAACUCUAAAACCUUCCUCUGCUGUGGUUUGUGGCAAAGUAACACCAUCCUCAAUUUGUCCCGACGUGCUCAGCGCUCAGGGCGCUUUCAUUCGCAUUUAACAGCCUGAUCUUCUGUGAAUUCAGUCAAGUCUGUGUAGACUAGGCACCUUUAGACAGCUCCAUUGUGACACACAUUCUAAUAAAAGAAAACAAGAAACGUUUGUCAUAUUUGUCACCAUUGCUAUGAAGUCCACUAAAGUAUGCACAUGUGAAAAUAUUUCAAGUGUUUACAACCCAGAACGUUUCCACGGACACAUUAAUAAAUCCUUUUAACUGUAUAACUACAUGACUGUGGGUUGUAAACCAUUCAUUUGUGUUUAUAUCCCUCCUAUUAUGUAUAUGCUACAUAGAGGAAGUAAAGUGUUUUUAAAGAACGUUUUCCAGUAUAUUUAUACAACACCGUAUUGCACUGUGCACAAUUUGCUCUUUUGCACCGACACUCACACAGUGUGAAUUUGCAGAUGGACCACAUUGCUUUUUACCGUGACUGCACCAAUGCAGCUGGAUGUAGGAUGAUAAUAGGGUGAUGUAUGCAGUAGAUGUAUGCAAUUCUAAAUCAAAUUUUCAUACUGUGAGAAAAUAAUUCUUGUAAUUGUGUUAAUCUAUUUCGUACUUUCCAUUUUGGGGGAAAAAAAUAAAAUGAUGUGACUGA